AUGAACAGCAGCAGUGUGUUUAAAAUUAUUCCAGGCAUUCAAUCCUACGAUUGGGGCAAAGUUGGCAAGUUGUCAAAAGCUGCAGCUUUCGCUGAGGUCUCAAUACCGGGUUUUCAGGUAGAAGAUAAGCCAUACGCUGAACUGUGGAUGGGUACGCAUGAGCAGGCGCCUGCCUAUCUUGCCAACGAUCCAUCAAGCAAGCUAUCGCACUAUCUCCAGCGCAACCCGCAACUCGUUGGAGAUCAAGUGAAGCAGGCUUUCAAAGAGACAACAUGCGAUGGCGGGCUGCCAUUUCUGUUUAAAGUGCUCGCUAUCGAGAAAGCGUUGAGCGUACAGGCUCAUCCGAACAAAAGACUUGCAGAGCAGCUGCACAAAGAUCGCCCGGAUGUCUACAAAGACUCAAAUCAUAAGCCAGAAAUGGCUAUAGCACUCACUGAAUUCAAAGGAUUUUGUGGAUUCAGACCAAAGGAGCAGAUUGUGCACUUUCUCGAUAGCGUCAAGGAGUUUAGAGCAUUCGUUGAAGAGAAAGACGUUCAGGAUCUCAAAACAGCCUCAUUAGACAAAGAAAUAAAGGAUGCUCUCAAAAGGGUCUUUAGCGGUGUAAUGUCGGCACCACAAGACAAGAUCGCUGAGCUCACCAAAGCCAUUGUCUCAAGAUACACCAGCCAGACACACGAAGACAUUGCCGGUGACUCCAUCUAUGCUGUCCGUCAACUCGUCCUCACUCUGAACGAUCAAUUCCCCGGAGACAUUGGAAUAUUCUGCACCUUCCUUCUCAACGUAGUCCAACUCAAGCCGGGCGAGAGCGUCUUCCUCAAAGCAGACGACCCUCACGCGUAUAUCGCGGGUGAUAUCAUGGAGUGUAUGGCGACAUCGAACAACGUAGUUAGAGCGGGACUAACGCCAAAACUGCGAGAUGUAAAUACGCUCGUCGAUAUGCUGACAUACGAGACCGCUCCUGCCGAUGCGCAGUUAAUGAAAACGACUUCCCUUAAAGGGGCGGCGCACACGAUCGUGUACGACCCACCGAUUGAGGAGUUCAGCGUGGCUAGAGUGCAACUUUCUCGAGGCGAGUCUACAAAACACGAUGCGCUAAACGGACCUAGCAUCCUUGCGGUCGUUGACGGAACUGGCCUCGUCGAAAACCAAGGUCAAAGCGAGACAAUGAAAACAGGAGACGUGUUGUUUGUAGGAGCAGGCGCGGGGAUAAAAAUCAAAUCAAGCUCAAGUUCAUCACUAGAAGUAUAUAGAGCAUUUGUACAAGUCUAA